AUGACAGAAGGCCACAGGUGUAUUUGUGAGACCGAAUGGCAUGAUGAGCCACUCGUAGGAACCAUAGCACGUGCGGAAGGAAGCCUUCCACUUGUCGCCUGCUGCAAUGCGAACCAGGUGGUAAGCAUGCCGGAGGUCGAGUCUGGUAUAGACAGUGGCACAGCUAGGUGUAUGUCAGGGACAGCUCUGAAAGCGGUGAGGUCCCAGUGGAAGUGGGUAGCGAUCUUUCUUGGUGAUCUUGUUCAGCCCUCGGAAGUCAACGCAAAGUCGGAGGGAUCCAUCCUUUUUGCAGAUGAAGAGGACCAGUGCCGCAUGAGUGGAAGUAGUGGGACAAAUGAACCCGGAGGCUAG